CCCCCGGCGGACGCUGGUCCCUUUGUGGGCUUUGACAAUAAGAUGGCGGGCGGGGGGAGGCGGGGCCGCUUGGCCCCGCCCGUCCCUCAGGCGCGGAGCGGACGGUGAGGCGGGAGGCGAGCGGGAGUUCCUGUGCGGGCGUGCGCCGGCGACAGCAGUGGCAAGGCGAAAAGCCAGUGUUGGAGUGGAGAGGAUUAGAGUGGUAGAGGGGAGAUACGGCCCCUUCUUGCCUUCCCCUUCAACCAUCAUCACUGUACUUACGGCUGUACAAAAAGCAGCACUGUGCUUCACUGAACCUCCAGCACUGGCCUGGGUGGUGCUGUCACUUUUACUGCAUGGACUCUUGCUCAGUAGCAUGGGAGAAGAGGAAGGACUGCAUCAAACACAAUUCCUGGACACAAUGUUUGUGCGAGGAUUAAAGAGAAAAUGUUUUGAUGGUGAAGAAGAUAUUGAAGGGACUCUGGCUGGUAUUAAAGCUAUUCCUUCCUAUAAUCUCCAGCGGCAGUCACUUUUAGAUAUGUCCUUGGUUAAACUUCAGCUGUGUCACAUGCUGGUCGAACCCAACCUUUGUCGUUCGGUACUUAUAGCCAACACGGUACGGCAGAUCCAAGAGGAAAUGACUCAAGACGGGACUUGGCAGAUGAUAAAUACACAGAGUACAGGGCAGGCAUCCCUGGAUCGUCUUGUUUCAACAGAUAUCCUCUGUCGUUCAUCUAGGGACCAAGCUGAGGGAAAACAUGUUCCAGCCUAUGGUACUUUCAAUAAGGCCUUUGAGAGUGAUCAGGCACAAGAAAGUUCAGAAACUAUGUCAACAGCCUCUGCAGUGCAAGCACCAAGAAACCUACAGAGCAACGUGUGGGAAAUGGAGAAUCCACAAGAAAAUAAAGGAAACUUUCAAAAAUCUUUAGAUCAAAUAUUUGAGACACUGGAGAAUAAAAGUCCUAAUUCUGUUGAAGAUCUGUUUUCAGAAGUUGACAAUUCUUAUUAUGAUCUUGAUACUAUGUUAACUGGCAUGAUGAGCAACACAAAAAUGGGACACUGUGAUAGCCUUGAAACAUUUUCUUCUUCAACAAAUACAGCUUCUAACUCUAAUUGUAAAUCUGAUCUUAAUGACCUUGAUCAUAUUGUGGAAAUCCUUGUUGAAUCCUGAAUCUCCUUGUGUGGAGGUAAAGAUCUGUUAAUGGGAGAAAAGACUUGAGAAAGCAAUUUCCACAAUUUGUUCUAUCAAAUCUGCACGAGUAUUUUACAGAUAUCUAUAUAUUAUAUAGAUACAUAUAUUAGGCAGCACUUCAUAUUGCAAAAUAUUGUUAACUCUUAAAGUUAACCUGCAACUUGUAGUGUAAUAAUCUGAUUUAUUGUCCACUGAACUGUAACUACAUACGGUAAAUGUUUCUACGUUUUGGGUCCAAGGCUAGUGAAAUUGGGUUCCUUUUACCAAUUUGUUUUAGCCUUUGAUAGAGGAUAUCCUCAGGGAGAGGGAUUCUCUUAUCUUCUCAUACUUCUCCCGUAGAAAUGGUAAUAAACAGAGAGAGAAGUUGGAUAACUGGUUUCCUGUUAUCCUCUGGUUUCCACUUUGUUACACCACAAAACUCCUACCAUACCUGCUGCUUCUGUUUUAAGUCGCUACAUGGCUCUUAAAGAGCAUUAUGCAAUAGUUCUUGUUAUCCUUGCUAGCUUCUUCUGGGUUUUGCUACAAUUUUUACUUCAAAAAUAGUUUUAAAGUGUUUAUUGGUGUUUAGAUUUUUCCAGGUAUUUUCCUAAAAUAUAUUUUUUACUACAGAUGUUAUGUCAGCUGCUAACUUAGUAACUUUUGAUCAUAUCUGCAGUUGAUGUAUUUUUUGCAAGAUUUUCAAAAAGGGAUGUUUUUUACCAUGAGCUACCCAAUGUAGUUCAGUAAAGUGUAUGUAAAUGUAAAUAUACAAUUUUAUACUUUGCAUUAAAAUGUAAGAGCUGUUUUCAUGAUUCUGUUUUAUAGAGUAGUACUUUACUAAAUUGAGAAUUGUACAUUUAUGCUUUUCAUACCCCACAUACUUGAGUAUCAUUAUAGGACGAGCUUUGAUCUAGCUAGACACAAUUACAUUUAAUUCAUUUCAGACCAUACUUUUUGUUAACUACAAACCUAAAUGAUGCAGGUUUUUAUUUAUGUGUAUUUAUAUGUAAAUGUCAUCAAGUGAAUUGUUUAUCAUUGAAGUCUACCAUCAAAUAUUUGUUUAUAUGGGAUAACUAUCUUGCACUAAUUACUACAAAAAGUGUUAUUAGCGGCCUUUAAGUCUCACUGGUUGGUAUGUCAUGAUGUCUUGUCAUAAUUAAUAUGCUCCACUCUUACCAAGGGUUUCCUCUUGGCUUUUUUUAAUAACAAAAAAUGUAAUACAACAUGGAUGGUGGUCUUUUCUUCCAGUACAUUCGGCGUAGAGUGUAUAUAACUGAGCUUAUUCCUAGGAGAUUUUUUUGGGGGAAAGGGAUAAUUUGAGUAUAGCCUAUGAUUUUAUUAUAACAAAUGUUUACCGUCAGAAGCUGCUACUGGGGAAAAGCACCAAGCUAGCAGGGUGUAGGGAAGGGGGAAAAUAUGGAUUGGUUUCUAGAAUGUAUUGGCCAUGGCUGUGCCAGGGGAAGACAUCUGUCAGUAACGUGUUGGUUUUCUGUAGAUCUGAGCCAAGCAAGUUGCUGAACAAGAAAAGAGAACCUUGCUCUGUGUGACAGGCUCUGCCUUCCCAUGAGUGACCUAGAAUGCAGGUUCUCAGACCUGGAGUGGGGAUUGGAGGUGGGGGUACCAAAGGGGUGUUAAGAACAUUUGAGUAUCACUUCAAGAAUAAGAGACCACUGAGCUUAUGUGCUCUAGAAUAAUCUGCUUUGAGGAAAGAUAUAAUUUAGCUAAAUUUUACAAAGUCAACAGUUGAAUGUGUAUUGGCUCCAUCUUCUGAAACCACGCACUUGCUGUGAGUCUUCAGUGAGCUAGAAGAUGUUUCCUUUUAUUAAAUUUGGCAUAAGGUAACAUGUAGUUGCUGUAGUUAAACUUUGAUUAAUAACUCCAUGCUGAAGGACAAAAUAGCAUAUAGGCACUUGAAAGUUCAGUCUGUAGGAUACAGCUGGAACACAGAGAAGCCCAUGCUACAUGUCUGAAUUGAGAGAUCGCUCAUAGGUAUUGCAGCAAUAAAUGCUGAUUCAGGAGGAUCCAAAUAUAGAUAAAAACUGUUGUAUCUCACAGAAAAAUAAAGCUGGCUUAUGUGGUA